UCAAGUCUCAAAACACGCAGCAGCAGGUCGUUAACAGGCUGCGAGCUCAAACCCAGGGCUUGUUCCCACGCAGAGUGUCUGUGGGUGAACUUCGUCUGUGUUGGGACUUUGUGCGGGUCCCGACUGAUCUGAUCUCAGUUCAGUUCACACUUUCCAGCGCACGACAGCGCAGCGGGACUCCAUGCUGUCACUGACAACUUUCUCUGCAGCUGCUGCUCCUGCUGCAACAGGUGGAAAGCUCUGCUCCCAGGAAAUGAUGUGACACUCAUGGCUGGACUGAGAACUGAGCCAUCCUCUCUAUUCUGGCCUCAACAGACUCCUCUCCGGAUAUCUUCUGAAUUGUUUCACAAGACUGCUCUAGAACCAAUGUCAGCUCUAAUGUUGAUUAUCUGUCACAGCAGUAACAUGUCACGCUGAGCAAAGUCGAAACCAAGUAAAACACAUUGCGUUUGACAUCCAUCAGUCUUGAGAAUUCAUCAUGUGAGCUCAUAGUAACAUUAAACUCUGCAGGCCUGUGAAGGUAGCUCUGUUGCCUCUUUAGUUGUUCUUUUCUUAGAGCAGAGCUGCAGUACUUGUAGAUAAUGAAAUAACCACAGUGAGCUUGACACCAAGGGAAGAUACACGUUUCUUAGCCUCCCUUCUUCCUGGUAGAUGAUGUAGUAAUUCUGCUGAUAUUGAGAGCAUCUGUAGUUGUGAUGGCCGCUGCUUCCACUCCAGAGAAGCAUCCUCCCCUCCUGCAGCUCCAAGAGGUGGACUCCAGUCGAGUCGGCAGUCGUGUCCUCUCUCCGAUCCUCAACUCCUCCUCUCCUAGUCUCUCCCUUGAAACCAGCCAGCCCAUCUGCAUCCCCUCACCAUACACCGACCUCAGCCACGACUUCGCCACCAUACCUUUCUACAGUCCAACUAUCUUCAGCUAUGCUGGUCCCAGUAUCCCAGACUGUCCCUCUGUCCAUCAGUCACUAAGCGCCUCUUUGUUUUGGCCCAGCCACGGUCACGUGGGGCCGCCUAUACCUCUGCACCACUCGCAGGCUCGACCUCAGCACAGCCAACCCAUCCAGAGUCCAUGGGACGGUGUCUUAACAGCAAGUAAGAGUGUGAGGAGGCGUUCCCAAGAGAGCGAGGAGGGCGUGGUGUCGUCAGGCGGGAAGGCCGACCUCCACUACUGUGCUGUGUGUCAUGACUAUGCUUCAGGCUACCACUAUGGAGUCUGGUCCUGUGAGGGCUGUAAGGCUUUCUUCAAAAGGAGCAUCCAAGGACACAAUGACUACAUCUGCCCAGCAACCAACCAGUGCACUAUAGACAAGAACCGCCGCAAGAGCUGCCAGGCAUGUCGCCUUCGCAAAUGCUACGAAGUUGGGAUGACCAAAUGUGCUAUUCGAAAGGAGCGUGGAAAUUACAGGAACCCACAGACAAGGCGAGUGACCCGUCUGUCCUCCCAGGGCCGAGCCAACGGCCCAAAGGGGUCAACAGGCCCAGCAGAGGGGUCAUUAAGCGAGACACAAGCACCUACACUGGCCCCGGAGCAGCUGAUCGAGCGAAUAAUGGAAGCAGAGCCACCAGAGAUCUACCUCAUGAAGGACAUGAAGAGGCCGUUGACUGAAGCCAACGUCAUGAUGUCGCUCACCAACCUGGCUGAUAAGGAGCUGGUUCACAUGAUCAGCUGGGCCAAGAAGAUUCCAGGGUUUGUUGAGCUCGGUCUCUUGGACCAGGUGCACCUGUUGGAGUGCUGCUGGCUGGAGGUGCUGAUGAUCGGACUGAUGUGGAGGUCAGUGGACCAUCCAGGGAAACUCAUCUUCUCCCCUGACCUCAGCCUGAGCAGAGAAGAGGGGAGCUGUGUCCAGGGAUUUGUGGAGAUAUUUGAUAUGCUGAUCGCUGCCACGUCCCGGGUGAGAGAGCUCAAGCUGCAGAGGGAGGAGUACGUCUGCCUCAAGGCCAUGAUCCUCCUUAACUCCAACAUGUGCCUCAGCUCCUCAGAGGGCAGUGAGGACAUUCAGAGUCGUUCUAAAGUGCUGCGUCUCCUGGAUGCAAUAACGGAUGCUCUGGUGUGGGCCAUCGCCAAAACCGGCCUCACCUUCCGCCAACAGUACACCCGCCUCGCCCACCUGCUCAUGCUGCUGUCACAUAUCCGCCAUGCCAGUAACAAAGGCAUGGACCACCUUCACUGCAUGAAAAUGAAGAACAUGGUGCCUUUGUAUGACCUCCUGUUGGAGAUGCUGGACGCCCACAUCAUGCACAGCUCCCGUCUGCCUCGCCGGCCUCCUCAGCAGGAGUCCACAGAUCCAGGGGAGGUUUCUGCUAAGCCACACAGCUCCAGGGUCGGUCCCUCGAAUACCUGGACUCCCAGCAGCGCUGGAGCCGGAGGUGCACCCCAGUAGUCACAUCAGAAUUCAAAUGCAACGAAAUUUCACUGCUUUGCACAAAACUAGUUCAGAGGACUAAUAAGGUGCCUAACAGGAGCAAUCUGCAAAGUUUGUGAGCUGGAUUCUCUGAUCGAUCACUGCUGAAUCUUUGACACACUGUGCACUGUUUCUGGUGAAUUUUCCAAAUCUUUAAAGUAAAAGCUGUAGAUGAUAGGCCAGACCUGCAGGAUCCGUUGCCUUGCCUCCAUAUAUAAAAAUGCCAGACUGGAACAAGACAGGUCAUCUGAUGACCAAUGGGACCAGUGUUUGCUUAACCACACAUGUAAUGCAUUACUGCCAGCCUUAAGUUGGUGUGGUUUUCAGUACAUAGCAUCCCUUGCUUUCACUGAACCACAGAUGCUGUUAAUGAGAAGGCCAGAGCAGGACAGUAACCUUCACAGGGAGUAAAUAAUGACAGCAAAGCUUUUUAUUGCUUCACCAGACUCCAUAUGUUCACCCUUUGCUGGUACAAUCAUGGAGGUGUAACAAACAGCUGUGUGUAAUGAUGCCCAAAGACACGGCAACCAGGGGUCUGCUGUAGACUUUACGUUUGAGUUUAGACAAACUUGAACCUAACCUGCUUGUUGGAAUGUUUUAACAAAUCCUGACUUCAUGCUCAGCCUAUUUUAAAAAGCAAAACUCUACACACAUGCUUAGUUGUUAGCUAAUGGUUAACAGUUAGACUGCAAGCAAAGAUUGUCAUUAUUGAUUAAGCAGCUUAUUAUUUAACCAAUUUAUCACUGAAGGUGGGCAGUAAAAUAUGUGCUAUUGUUUCCCACAGAACACGGUCACAUCUUCAGUCCCAUAUCCAACGAUAUUCUAUUUUAUACAAUGUAUGUCAAGAAAAAGCAUCAAAUCAUCACAUUUGAGAGACUAGAAGCAGAAAAUGUUUGACAUUUCUGCAAAAAAAAAUGGUUGACUGAAAUGGUUUAGUUUGCAGCACAGAAGAAACAAGAAAAGCAGUCAGAGCGCAGUACUCCACCAAGGCUGCUCAGUCUUCGUGUCAUUUCUGACAGAUAAGUCCUGAUAAGUCCACAGUGGUCAGUUUGUAGUAGGAUCGCAAUCAUGUAUCAUCAGCAGGCAGCUGACAUAAUGUUCAAUUGUCAUAAUUACAGUGACACCAUGCCGCUAUCUCGCAAUGAUACAGAAAUCUUUAAUAAGUCCGUUGAUCCAGACUAUAAGCUGCAUCACAGCCAAAAUCUAAUCAAUUGGUUUUUGAGUAAUGUUGCGCACAGGCAGACGGACAAACGUACACCGAUCGUCACAUAUCUCCACCGCGUUCCUUGGCGGAGUGAAAAAAAAAACCCAGCUCUUUGCAGUGUGUUGUAACAAAUCUGUUUGUACAUAGUUCAGAUAGCCUUAGGUAAGAUGAUGUAUAAAAAAAGCAAUGUAGAUUCUGUUACAGAAAUUCUAUCAGGGUAACCAGCCCUUUGCUCUAUCUUGGCAUGAACAGGAUUUGACGGUUUCAUUUAACAGAGAAAACCAGACAUCCUAUUUACAGCACACAACAGAAGUGAGUACUGAUUAAGUAUUGUCAAAGUUCUGGUGUUCACAGCUCAUUUUGUUCAAGCACUUUGACUGAUGGUAAAUCACAGGGUGAACUCAGUUUACUUUCAGUGAUCACGGGUUUUCUAACUUGUGUGCCAGCCAUCACAAGUGUAUCGACUUUUGUUGCACUGAGUUUCUACUUUGGGGUCUGUUUUUUAAAUACUGCAUUGUAAAAGUAGUUGUUUCUAAUUGUUAAUAAAAGGAAGCACUUGGUUGUUUAACUUAGAAGUAGUGUGAUUACUGUGAAGUGAUACAUUGAGCCAUUUGAUGUAUAAGUGACACUGCACAGUGUACUCACUUCUGUUGUACAAUGUAUUUAAUCUGCACAUUGUUUCUACAAAUGUUUUAGAAUUGAAUUUCCAAAUGUCCAUGAUUCUCAUCCAGAGUGUUGCUAUAAAUACACUGUGAUUAAAAGCAGAAAGAGGGAAAUGAUUAUGUUGUAGACACUCGCUGACUGUUUUCCAGCUGCUGUUGUAUUCAGACCUCUGGUUGACCACUUCAGGGUGCUUUACAUUAUCGCCUGCUUACCCCCUUGUUUGCCUUAUUUUCAAAGACAUCUUGUUUCCUGGGAAGAAUCAUAACCUGUUGCUCUUAGGGAGAUAUGGCAGGUUAUUGUUCAAGAGACUAUUUUUGUAUUUUGCUACAGUAGCUAUUGUGACAUGAAGCAGCUUCAACAAUCAGGAUCACUGUAAGAUAAAUGGUUGUUCACCAGCUCUAGGCGUCUGUACGUCUUCAGUCCUUGGCAUUUCCUAUCAUCACUCGCUUGGUCACCAUUGAGCAAAUUGUGUUUUCACUGUAUAUAUGUACUUGCAGUGUACUUCAUGUUCUUUGAAACAAUGUCAUUCGUUGCUCAUUUCUGGUGGUCUCUAACAAUGAUUGUGUAAACCAGUAAAAUUCUAAGUCAA